AUGGCAGAGGUGGCCGGCCUGGUGCUUUCCGCGGUACCCAUUCUUGCUGCACUUCAGCAGUAUGGAACAGUCCACAAAUUGUGCAAACGUUUUCGAAAGUGCAAAUCUGGCAUUGAUGAACUGAUCCAUUGCCUCUACAUGCAGCAAGUCAUAUUCAGCAAUGAGACAAGGCUGCUGCUGACUUCUGUCGUUGGCAUGGAUCGCGCGACUGCCAUGCUUCAAGAUUUGAAACACGCCUCAUGGUCAGACCCAAAGUUUUCCUCUCAGCUGGACAGCGUCCUAGGUGACUCAAAGCAGGCCAUCGUUGCUGCCGCUCAAAGCGCCCAUAAGAAGAUGAGAGAGUUCGAGGACGAUGUUCAAAAGCUGGAAGCUGCAAACUCAGGGGCUAGAACAGGUAGCAAGGAGUGGCGGAAGGCACUGCGCGCACAAUUUAAGUUUACCUUCACGGAAUCAAAUCUAACCCGUUUAGCCUGCUCCAUCACGCAAGCUACAACAGACUAUCGCGUCCUUCGAGCACAGCUGCAAGAAUACCUUGCCUCAUCACCAGACAUUGAUUCCAGUGGGCGAUCAUCGCUGGAGGUUGAGCGCAUACAAGCUACCCAAGAUGCAGCAACCCGAGUAUAUGAAAUACUGGUCACGGCGUGCAAAUUGCACAGUAAGCAUCAUGCUCGGUUCAGCCUAACGCCUAACUAUGUCUCGUCAUCAAUGGGCACCGAGAUCAAAUUUCAAAUUGCUUAUCGCCAUCUGUCGUCGACCCAAGCCCAAACCCAAAGAGACGUACUUUGGUUUGUGGUGGAGUCAAUUAUUAAUAGCACUAUCAAUACGAGGGCGCUGACUAUCGCACCAUUACUGACAACCGGCAGCCAGAAGUCGACAUCUAAGCGCCCACUGUCCCCGAUACUCAAGACUCUCCAGCUUGGAAGUUGCACAGGGGCAAAAGCCAAAAGAGUCCGUAUUCGCUCACCCUCACCACCUGCUGUAUCCGGACCCUCGAUCGCAGUAGGCCCUCUGACACUACCAAAUUUACCAGAAUUCAGCAAAACGAAUAACCUUUGCACUCAUCUGCGAGCUUGUACCAACAAGCAUCAUCCAGUUGGUGUUUGCAUCGGGUGGCUAGAAAAUUCAACUCAGUGGAAGCAUAGGGUGUUCCAUAGUCUAGGUCCUUCGACUCCAAAGGCGCUCAACAACGAGGAAGUGGAAACCUUGGCAGGGCUACUUACUUCCCUCACAUCAAGUCGAAAAGUCAAUAGUAGGCUUACUGUCCUACAACGACUUCGCCUUGCGAAGUUGCUAUCAACGGCAAUGCUGAACUUCAACGCCACCCCCUGGAUGCCACCAUUGUGGAGCAGCCAGGAUAUCGUGGUGUAUGAUGUGCCUCAGACGGGUGAAAACGAUCCGAAAGGCCUUGAAGUCUUUGUGGAAGUUCCGGUGCAGCCAACAGAGAGUCUGAAUCCAUCAGGAAAUUCUACUAAUCCCGGCCCCCCAGUGGUCAACCCGGCACAGCCGACAAUGUCUAUGAGCCAGCCGGCGGCUUUCGAUACUCUGGCACCCUGGGUCCGCAACUUAACGCUGUUCGGGCUUGGAGUAAUGCUCCUAGAGAUCGCAUUUGAAGCGCCGCUUCAAUCUAUGCGAACAGCCUCUGACGUGAUCCACGGAUACCCAGCAGCAAUCGUAGACCUGUUCACGGCGCGCAGACAGAGUGAAGAAGUUGCCACUGGCCUAGGAUUGAAAUACUCAGAGAUUGUGAAGAAGUGCCUCCACUGCGACUUCGGACAAGGUGCGGAUUUGAGCAAUCCUGGUUUACAGAAUGCUAUACAUCGCGAUGUUAUCUCUGAGCUUGAUCGACUUGAGGCGGGAUUUCAGCAGCUGGGUAUCCAAUGA